UGUUGUCUGCUACAAAUUCCAAUGUAAACAAAGCUGAAAACCUGAAAACCAAAAUUGUGAACGAGAAACUGUGUGGUCAUAUCAUCAUGUCAGACAGUGCCCCUUCACCAACACCUUCAGAAGACAACAGGAAAAAUGUUCGAGAUGACCUCAUGCAAAAUGCGCUUGAAAACUUUAUGAGCAGGGCACCACAGAGUUACGAUGACUUUGUGGACUCUUUCUCCACACUGAAGCAGUGUAAACCUGCCCUUGUACCAUCCCUGGCAGAGAGGAAGCUGGCAGGACACACGCCAGCACCAACUGGCCUCACAGACCAGACUGAACCGUCAGAUGAUGGUCCUGUUAAGUCAACACGCAACAUUGUCAACGACAUUAAGCGCAGAAGACUAGGGAAAGUCAUCGUUGGCAGGAAACCAGAGGAAGACAAGGGAGAGGAGAUUGAAGAACAGGUGUUGUCAGAGGGCAAUGUUAGCUGCCGACUGGGCAAGUCCAAUGUCAUCAGGACGGGAGCAGUGAAGGUGGACAACUUUGUUGAUGAAGAUGACUUAGUAGAGCUCACACCAGAAUAUAGUGCAAGUUUCUCCUCAGGCAAACGACGUAGUGACAAGGAAAAACAAGUUAGCUUAACUCCUCCAUCUAGCAAAUCUUCAAACACAGUCCAGCAGACCAUCUCAAAUAAACAAUCAACUGAUGACCUGUUAAUGAAUUUCAUGGCUGAUUUACAAAAGGAAUUAAGCACCAAUGAGAAUCAACAUUCUCAGAAUACUGUGUCUUUAAAUAAAACCCUUGCACCCACAAUACAAAGUCCUUCAAACAUGGAUAUACAGACUUUCAUUGAUAAGCAACAUAGAGAAAACCAGAAAAUGGGUGAUAAGGGUAAUAAAGUGGAUCAAUCAGAUGAGACUGAAGAAGUUGACUUUGAUGAUGAUGACUGCGAUGCAGCUUUGGAACUAUGUGAUGAUCAGAACAGUCAGGAUUUGAAAAUUCACAUUAAUGCUGAAGAUCUAGAACAUGUUGCACAGAAUGAAAUCUCAGAGGAUGCAAGACACAAGUUGAAACUCAGUGAAAUCUAUAAAAAUGCAUUGAUGGACUCAGAAGGAAAUGUUAUGACAACAAUGGCAGAUAUGAUGUCAAGGGAGGGAGCCGAUACUGAUGUUGAUGCUAGGGGAGAUAACUUAAUAUUCCCUGGGCAGGUGGAAGAGGAGAAAAAAGUGGCAACACAGAUAACACAAACACAACUCAAGUUUAGGGCAACAUACAAACAUCAGGAGGACACUUCAACAGCAGAACAGGAAGACCAAGACAAUAUAGCUGGUACUGUCAUAGAGCCAUUCCAACUAGAUGCUGACUAUGACUAUGAUAAUGUGGUCCUCACUGCCAAAUUUUCCCCUGGAGAUAUACUGGAUAUCAAACUGAAGCAGAGGCAGGCUGUGUGCUCGUAAUGUUGACAUUUAAACCAAAAAGUAAAUGAUUUGUUCAAUAAAUGAGUUUAUAUGCAUUAUAGUCAAGGAUAUUAAGAAAUAAAUCUGUCUGAAAUGUA